AUGAGCGGCGGCCCACUUGCCGAGUGGGAGGCGUACAUGAGGUGGCUCGACGCGCCGGUGGCGGAGGGCGAGGACGAGGCGCUCACCGUCGACCGGGCGCGGGCGCUGCUGCGCGGCGGCGCGAACUCUUCGGCCGGCGAGCCGUCGGCCCUCGAGCGGGCGCGCGUCCUCUGCUCGUGGGGCGAGUCGGAUCCGACAGCUGCGGCCGUUGGCUCCACUGUCGCGAUCCACUCUCUCGUCUCGCGGCCGUCGAUGAAUGGCAAGGUCGGCGUCGUCGUCUCAGCGAACGUUUCGACGGGCCGUUUCGGCGUGCGCGUAGCGGGCGAGGCCAAGGCGCCCUCGCGCUCAGGCGCGCAUUGCAAUGCGGCCGAGGCGGUGGAGGUGGGAAGGCUCAUCCUCAAGGCGGCGGAGUGGUCGCCGCAGUCGCACGAGCUCUUCCCGGAGCCGGCUCGCAAGUGGGCGGUGGCAGUGAUGCGGCUGGGCUACCUGAUCGCGUGGGACGAGGAGCGCUUCGACGGCGAGGGGGCGGCGCCGGGGCUGGUGGAGCUCUGGCGCGGAUUUGUGCUGCCAAGGGUGGUGGCGCGGGCCGCUGCCGCAGACGCACUGCGUUCCCCAUGA